AUGCCUGCGGUGACCGGAGAAGCGCCCUUACUGAACGGGGGCAGAAGAGAAGAGCAGCGUCCCUGUAAACAGUCCCUUCCCGGGUCCCUAUGCCGAGAGUCCCAUUGGAAGUGCCUGCUCCUCACGCUGCUGAUGUUCGGCUGUUUCGCCACACUGGGAUGGUGCUCUUUUUACCGCGUCACUGUCAUGGCUGCCGAUGAACACGGCCUCUACUACGGCGGCCGCGCCCGCCUCUACCAUGACAGCCCCUGCUCCAACGGCUACGUCUACAUCCCGGUGGCCUUCCUGAUCAUGCUGUACCUGGUCUACCUGGUGGAGUGCUGGCACUGCUUCUCUAAAACAUCCUCUCUGGCCCGGGUCAGGAUCAGCAAGGUGUACAACAGGGUCCAGAGGCUGCAGCAGGCCAUGCCCUGUAUCUGGUGGAAGGCCAUCAGCUAUCACUAUGUGAGACGGACACGGCAGGUGACUCGAUACCGCAAUGGUGACGCUUACACCACCACACAGGUGUACCAUGAGCGGGUCAACACACACACAGCCAGCUCUGAAUUUGACUAUACCCGACAUGGUGUCAAGGACGUAUCCAAGGAGCUUCUUGGCCUUCUGGAGCACCCGGCCGUACGCCUUCGUUUCACCAAGUGUUUCAGCUUUGCCAGUGCCCAUGCCGAGGCUGCCUACCUCACUCAGCGCGCACGCUUCUUCGCAGAGAACGAGGGUCUGGAUGACUACAUGGAGGCACGGGAGGGCAUGCAUCUGAAGAACGUGGACUUCCGUGAGCACAUGCUGGCCUUUCCUGACCCGGCAUGGCCGCCCUGGUUCUCUCGUCGGCGCAUGUAUUGGCUGAUCUCAGCCCUGAUGUUGUCCUGGCCACUACGUGUGGUGUCAGAGUACCGUACGGCAUAUGUCCACUAUCAUGUGGAGAAGCUGUUUGGUGAGAACGAGGAAGUCCAUGACAAUGACAGCACUGAGAUGGGCAACUACCGCUCAGGCCAGGAGAAUGGGCAACGCGGUGGCCCCAGAUUACGUGUCAUAUCGAGGGUCAACACGGUAGACAUCACUGAACUGGAGUGGCACAUUCGCUGCAACCAGCAGAUGGUGCCCAGUUACUCCGAGGCAUUGCUGAUGGAUCUGAACACCAACAACACAACAUCUUCGCCCUCUGCGUUUACCAGGGCAACGCGUGUCCCUAUGAGGCGGAACUCUAGCUACGUCCUCCAGAGCUGCCCCCGCUGUCGCAGGUCCACCAGCAGCUCCUCGCUCCCCUCGCGAGUCAGGGGGAACGUGGCGAUGGGGGCGGGCUCUUUGACAUAUGGGACAGUGGGAAGGAUGGGAGGAGGAAGGCUUGCCCUCAGCCGCAGUGGAUUCUCUCUUGGCCGUUUGCACACGGUGCGGCAGGCCUGCCUGUUUCACUCCCGGAGCCUUGGUGCAGGGAUGGGGAGUAGAGGGGAUGAAGGUGGUGGGUUUCUGGGACUGGGCCUCCGCCGGGCUAACGAAGAGAGCAGAGGGGUCCUGGAGGGAGAAGGAUUUGAAGAGGAUGAGAAUAGUCUGCAGCUAGAGGAGGAUAGAGAGCAGGAACUAGAGAGAGUGAGGACUGAGAUCAUGCAGGGAGUGCCCUGUGUGACAGAGAGACCACCAGCUUAUCAGGAAGCUCUCCACUUGCCUGUGUUGAUCGUCCAUGGUGAGGAGAGCUGCCAUGGAGGGGAGGACCUUGACGCAGGAUAG